UCCAGGCACUUGAACGGGAGCAUAUAAAGGAAACGCGACCGAGGUAACCGAAUAUUUCGAGUCAAUCAGGGGGAGGGGGAAAAAAAGGGCACAUCAUGGGUCGCUUUUCCGGCGCAGCGAGCAGACUGCAUCGCACCCUGCAACUCAGCGGUGAUACAGAUCAGUGGCGGAAUCGAGACCUGAUCCCUUUGCCUCCAGAUCGCACGACCUGGUCUAGCUGGGACUUCCUCUAUCUAUGGAGUACCGUCUUCUUCACCACAUUCGGCUGGCAAAUCACUUCCUCGCUUCUUGGUCUCGGCCUGAAUGUCUGGCAAUCCAUCCUAUGCAACAUCAUUACGAAAUUCCUGCAGACGGCCGUGGUGUUCUGUGUCGGAUGGCCCGGUGGAGUCUGGCACAUUGGCUUCACGGUUAACUCCCGCUCGGUCUUUGGAAUGUGGGGAUCGUAUGUGCCCGUCAUUCUCCGUAUUUUCCUGUGCAUUAUCUGGUAUGGUGUCCAGGCCUUUACAGGUGGCCAGCUGGUGGCGAUUAUCCUGUCGACGAUCUUUUCCGGCUAUCACCAUAUGGAGAACACUCUGCCGGAGUCGACGCAUAUGACCACCAAGCAGUUCGUCGGAUAUGUCAUCUUUAAUAUCAUCUCGCUCGCGCUCUUAUGGGUGCCUCCCGACAAGCUGAAGAAGCCCUUUAAGCUCAUCGCCAGUAUCAACCUGCUCGUCAUUCUGGGACUGGCGAUCGGCCUGAUCGCGGGUGCCCGAGGUGGCUCCCUGGGUACCCUCCAGACGUCCCAGCGAACCGACAACCUCGGAUGGACCUUCAUCCACGGUUUCGCCGUCGUGUUCUCGGGCAACGCGGUCGGAAUGGCGAGCCACAGUGAUUUCUCACGUUUCGCCCGACGACCGGGGGCUCAGGUCAAAGGACAACUCUUCUCGUUCCUGAUAUCCGGCAACGUCGUUCCCAUCCUGGGAAUUUUCGGCACUGCAGCUGCCGCGAAGAUGUAUGGCGACGUGAACGAACUCGGUCUGUGGAAUCCACCCAAUAUCCUGCAAAUGUGGCUGGACAACCAGUAUCAUAAUCCGGCCAUGCGAGCCGCCGCGUUCUUCGUCGCCUUCGGAUUAACAUCGAGUAUCAUGGCCAUGAACUCCAUUGAAAACGGUGUUUCGGGCGGCAUGGACAUCGCCGGACUGUACCCCCGGUACUUCAACAUCCGUCGUGGAUCAUAUCUGCUGGCGGCGAUCUCCGUCGUGAUCAACCCGUGGCAGAUUAUCGCCAACGGGGCUAUUUUCACCAACACCCUGAACAGCUUCGGAGUCAUCCUGUUCCCGCUCAUGGGCACCAUGGUCGCCGAUUACUACAUCGUUCGCAAGCAAAAGCUGAAACUGUCCGACCUCUACCGCGCUGAUGCGAGUAGCAUCUAUUGGUUCGAGGGCGGCUUCAACUGGCGUGCCUUCACAGCUUGGAUGAUUGGAUUUGCGCCCAGUAUUCCUGGCCUCGCCGCAUUAAACCCACACAACACAGGGAUCCCGAUUGGCUUGACAUAUACAUUCUACCUGUGGCCCAUCGCGGGAUUCUUUGCAUCGUUCGUGCUUCACGCUGGCCUGUGCUAUCUCAGUCCCCCGAAGGGGAUUGGGGCAGUGGAUGAGCAGGAAUUUCAUGACCCGAUGUAUAGUGAACGGUCAGACGAGAUGCAGAGCCAGACCAUCACGGCAAUGGAGAAGGGUCAACAUCGGUAGACUAUCUGUGAUAGUUCCAUGGCGAACGAUGUGAGCUGGACCGGGAGGGUACCUUGAUUGUACCGGCCUUAUGAUGGAUGGACGUUGUCUCCAUGUUUGUCAGAAAAAAAUUUCCAUUCUAUGUAGUAAUAAUUACUCUCUCGCUUAAUACAUCUCAUAAUCUGAUUCGACACACGGCGUCCUUCCUUUUCACAGAACAUCCCCGACUGUCAUGUGGUACGUAUACAAUGAGGCAACCAGACGGCAGUAACGGCACACAAGUCACAAAAGUCAUG